CUUUCUUUUUUGUUCUUUUUCGUUGCUCUGUGCGCUGUGAAUCCAUUGUGAGGACGGGAAUGGAAGCGAAUCGUGGCGGCGGCGGCGGGCGCGGAGGUGGUGCUCGUGGAGGCCGCGGUGGCGCUGCCUCAAACCGAACUGCAGCAGACGCAUCAUCAGCAUCAUCGUCAGCUGGAUCGUCGCGUGGCGGUGGACGCGGUGGCGGUGGCGGUGGCGGUGGAGGACCCAAGCGAGGCGGCGGCGCAGCAUCGUCCAGUGCUGCUGCUGCUCCUUCCACUACUGCUACUGCUGCGGCUCCCAACAAGAACGCAGGAGCGAACGCAGCAGGUCGCGGCGCAGGCAAUCCCGCGGCAGCAAAGCCGGCCCAAAGCAAAGCGCCGGCAGUGAUGAGCAAGACUGCGGCUGCUGCGGCGGCUGCGGCGGCUGCGGCGGCUGCUGCGGCUGCUCCCAAGCCACCGUCGGCAGCAGAGGUCGAAGAAGCCAAGCGACUGGCACAAGCACAGGCGGUGGCUGCGGCUGAGGCUGCGGCGAAGGAAGCCAUCGCUGCCCAAGAACGAGCGCGCCAUGCUCAGGCAGAGCAGGAACGCGCCGAGGCCGUCAAGGCAGCUGCCGAUCUGCAGGCCAAGAUCAAGAGCAGACUAGCGCUGCUCGAAGCAAACGUGAAGGCGCGGACGGUUCGACCGGACGAAUCGGUCUUGCGCUCGCUGGACGCGUCCAUGAAGAAAAACCAAACGCUGGUCAAGAAGCUCAAGAACAUUACGGAGGAGGUCCGCGAGCCGUUGCUGAGGGAGAUGGCAUCGACCAACAUGACCAAGUUUGUCUCGGAAGCGGCCGAGUCGUUCGCCGACUUUAAGAUCAAGAACGCGGACAUGAACGCGGUGAUUGAAAUCUGCUCGCACCUGCACCAGCGUUAUGCAGAGUUUAGCACCGCCCUGCUGCCGAUCAUUCAUGGGGCGCUGUCCACGCGAGACAAGGGGUACGACGAUCUCUUCCAGCCGUUGCCCUCGCUCAAGACGCUUGUCGCGGGAGCAUUCAACACGACGCCCACGCCAACACCCGCGGCCGCGGCUCAGGCUGCGUCGUCGGCGGCAGCUGCGUCGGAGACGCUCGACAAGCUCGUUCCCAUGGGAAAGCGCAUUCUGAUUGGCUCUGCUGCGAACGCUGCUCAGAUUCGUGCAGAGAAGGCCGAGAACGUGGCUCUGCUGCAAGCUCAGGCGCAGGCCAAUGCUGCGGCCAAGGAGGAGGAAGAGCGCAACGCCAAAAUUGCCAAAAUCCGCACCGCAUUGCGCCUACUGGGCGAGCUCAUCAUUGUGGGCGUCUAUCCAGACGCAGCCGUGCUGGGGCCUCCUCUCAAGGAGCUGUUUUUGCGCGAUCGAGCGUCGCUGUCGUUGGUGGCGACCGCCGUCAGCUUUUUGAAGGCGUGCGGUGAAGAACUCACGGGAUUGGUGCCUCACAAGCGAGCGUUGCUGUUUGAAAAGCACUUCCAACACCGUGCAGAAGAUUUUCCCGCUGCUGCUGCUGCUGCUGCUGCUGCUGCGCCGGGAGUUGCUGGAGCGGCGGAUUCAACCAACAAGGGCAGCCCUUUGGCCGUUCCCGCAGAAAAGCAAAUGCGCUUCCGUGCACUGUUCUCCGACUACUUUGACCUUGUCGUUGCGCGCGCCAAAGAAGAGCACAGUGCGAUCGCCAAGCUGGCGCAGAUUCAACGACAACAGCUGUUGAACAAGGGCGAGGUGAAUGCUGGCACCAAGGAGCACUACGAGAAGACGACCAAGAUGCACGAGCGCUUGCUCGCCUCCCUGGCUUCACUCGCAGACCAGCUGGACAAGCCCAUGCCCGACUUUCCCGUGGAGGUCAUCCCGGAGCCAGAGGCGGCGCCAGAAGCCAAGAUGGACAAGCCCAAAGGCUCUGAGCUCCCCUUGUGGGAAGACGAUGAAACGCGCAUGUUCUACGAGAACAUGAUUGAACUGCGAGCCGUCGUACCGGCAGUGCUGUUUGCCAGUGGUGCCGCCGCAUCCGCUGACAAGACGAGCAGCGCUGACAAGACAAGCAGUAGUAGCAGCCAGGAAGGCUCGAAGGAAACGCCGACAGCCAAUGGUGCCAACACCAAAGACAAGGAUGCUGCCAAACCGGGUGCAUCCGAGCCCAAGCCGUCUUCCCAGUCGGAGCCACAGCCAUCUGCUGCCGAGAGCAAGCCAGAAUCGUCGGGAGAGUCAGAUUCGGCGGCAGCUGAAGCUUCGGCCGACGCGACUGGGGAUGCUGUGGACGCCAUCGAAGAUUCAGCGGAUGUGCCCAUGACGCUCAAGCUCCAGUCGACCUCGGAAUCCACGCUGAGUGCCAACGACAUGAGCUCCUUGGCCGACGAGCUUGCUGCCAUGCAGCUGUCGCAGGACGCCGCAGCAGCAGCAGAGGCUGCGCUCCCAAAGGCCGCUCAGCCACAAACGGCACUCUCGCAACCCGCUGGCGCAGUCCAGCCUGGCGGCAACGGAACGGAGGAUCUGGACGGUUUGAUGCAGGCGCUGAUUGCGUGUGCCGGUGAUCGGUCGGCCAUUGACGAGAUUGCCACCCAGUUUUGCUACAUGAACUCGAACGCCAACCGACGAAGACUCGUGACAAGCCUUCUCGCACAAGCGGAACGCCGAGCCGACCUGAUUCCCGCCUUUUGCCGCUUGAUUGCCACACUCAACCAAGUGAUGCCCGACGUGUCUGCCAUGGUGCUGCUUUUGCUUGAAGACCGCAUUCCCAAGUACCUGUAUCAUCCGCGUGAUGGGCCGUAUGAGGCCGAGCGUCGCUUCGGCACCAUCAAGUUUAUGGGCGAGCUGGUCAAGUUUGGUGUGUGCUCGCGCAAAACGGCGUUGGACGUCUUCCAGAUUUUCGUGGCUGAUUUCUCGGCCCACGGCAUCCCGCUCAUGUGUCGCUACCUGGAAACGUGCGGUCGCUUCUUGUACCGGUCACCUCAGUCGGCCAAACGCAUGGAGUCGCUGCUGCAAAUCAUGAUGCGCAAGCGCAUCUCUCUGAAGAACUUGGCCGAGCUGCUUUGCGGCCAGAUUGAUGAGGCUUUUGCACGCUGCAAUCCUCCAGAAGCGGUCAAGGUGGUCAAGGUGCCCCGACCCCCAGAGCAACAGUAUGUCAAGCACCUGAUUCGCACCGUUCUCGGGCCAGAGACCACCGAACGCGUUCUGGCGCAGCUCCGCAAGCUUCCCUGGUCGACGGACGCGCCAUUGCGCGACUACACAAUCCGUCUGCUCGCGCAGCCCGAUCGCAUCAAGUACAGCUCUCUCGACUCUCUGGCCUCGGUCAUUGCGGGCCUCUCGCGGCGCUACGACUAUGUGUGGGUGCAAGUGGUCGACAAGGUGUUGGAAUCCAUUCGUCUCGGUCUGGAAGUCAACCUGCCGCAGUGGAACCAACGCCGCGUGGCAGUGGUCCGCUUUUUGGCCGAGCUGUACAACUAUGAGUUGUUUGAAGCACCCAUCGUGUUUGACACGCUCUACCGCCUCAUCACGUUUGGUCGCAAUCCGUACGAGGAGAGCCCGAAUGUCUCGCCUCCCCUCGACCCCAGUGACAAUUACUUCCGGAUUCGUUUGAUCUGCACCAUCUUGGAAGGAUGCGGCAGCUUCUUCAACAGUGGCAUGGCUGGCAAACGGCUGGACUGCUUCCUGGUCUACUUCCAGCGCUACGUCUGGACCAAGCAAAUGCCGCUCCCGAUCGACGUGGAAUUUCUCCUGCAAGACACCUUCGAAGCGCUGCGUUCCGAUUUCAGCAUUGCGGCGUCGUUCGAGGAGGCGCAAGAGCGCGUGCUGAGCAUGGAGGAAGACCUACGACGACAGUUCACUGCCAAUGCUGGAAAGGCCGCGACCGAGCCCGUCAACGACGCUGACAUGGACACUGACAUUGAGCGGGCCGCUUCAAACGAGGCCGACGAAGACGGCGAUGCUGAGGAAGAUGAGGACGAAAAUGACGCUGAAGCCGACAACGACAGCCUUGACGGCGGCGAAGAGUCCGAUGAGUCAGAUGAAGACGAGGACAACGAGGACGACGAUGACGACGAUGACGAUGACGACGACGAUGACGAUGACGAAGCGCUCGUGGAAGACGAAGAUGAAGCGGUUGUUGUUCACGAACCCGAAGAAGUCGUGGCCGCGGAUGAGGAUUUCGAGAAUGAAUUCCAGCACAUGUUGCAAGACAGCAUGGAGCAACGCAAAAAUGCUGCAGUCAAGGCCAUGGAUGUUGCGAUUCCCAUGCAUCUGCGACGUGCCGGUGGUCGUCUGGGCAUGGAAAGCGAUACCGAUGGUGAAGACAACCUGGGCACAAGCGCUCGUCCGGGCAUGACGCCUGGAAUCAAGUUUUCGCUGCUGACCAAGAAGGGCAACAAGGCGUCGACGCGGGAGCUGCACGUCCCUCUCAACUCGACCUUGACGGCCGGUUUGCUCACCAAGCAAAUGGAAGAACGCCUCGAAAAGGAAGAGAUCAACAAGCGUGUGCUGUCUUACGAGCGGCGCGCAGCUGGCCAGGAUCUAUUCAGUCGCCCAGCAGGUCUGAAUCAACAACCCGGUUCGCUUUCGGCUUCUAACGUCCAACGGAUGCAGAAUUCACUUCAGCGAGCUCGUGGUGGUCGUCGGUUUGUUUACGUGCUGAAAGGCACCCCCGGGUCCGAGGGUGCGGGCGGCGACGCCGAGGCGUAAAACUUGUCUCAUGAUUUGGGUCUACGACACGCGCGUCGCGUGAGCAAUCGCCGUGCGGACGAUCAGGGCUCGAGAACUUUCUCUCACAAGUGAUACAUUAUUGAGUGCAAUCAAGCAAAUAAAAGCACUGGUUUGAAAUAA